GAACUUAAUUAUGAACUUGUGUUUCCAAAACCUAAGUUGAGUUUAAUCCCACUCAUUUAGAAUUAGAAAUUUAAGCAGCAUGUUUGGGUCUUUGCAAAUAACGAAGGAAUAUUCCAUCACAAUUGACUAAUAAGACAAUAAUCUGCACUCUGCAAUCUCUGCCUUCCACCAAUGGCUGCUUCCUCUGUCACCGCCAUCACUUCAUGCUUUCUUCAUCGGCCUCGUUUUUCAUCUUCUCCUCUUCUACACGACUCGCUGUCUCUAAAUAAGAAUUUUCACGGAUCCUUUUCCUUCAAUUCGGGGAGGAGGAGAACUUUAACGAGUGCAGUCAAUCAAGAUAGCCUCCUAGGUGUGCUCGGAGAAACAGAUUCUCACCAAGAUGGAAGUAGAACUAUUCUCAAGGUACAGGACAAAAGUAUUGAAGCGUGGUCACAAUUUGCCAAGAGAGUCUCUGGUGAAUGGGAUGGAUUUGGAGCGGACUUCAGUAAUGAAGGGAAGGCAAUUGAACUGCCGGAGUCGGUGGUGCCGGAAACAUACCGGGAGUGGGAGGUCAAAGUAUUUGAUUGGCAGACUCAGUGCCCCACUCUGGCUGAGCCAGAGGAACGAGUUCUUCAAUAUAAAUCCAUUCAGUUACUUCCAACUGUUGGAUGUGAGGCUGAUGCUGCUACGCAGUACAGCGUGGAUGAGAGGAAAGUGGGAGGGGAAAAUGGUGGCCUUACUGCCUUUGCUUACCAAUCCAGUGGUUCUUAUGUUGCCGUCUGGCAACAGAAGGAUAACUUACUAGAGUUGGAGUACUGCUUGAUCAAUCCUCAAGAUCGUGAAUCGAGGGUUAGGAUUAUUCAGCUUAUCCAGGUAUUAAACAACACAGAGAUGGUGUUACAGGGUAUUAGAGUAUUUCGUGAGCAGUGGUAUGGGCCAUUCAGAAAUGGUGAUCAACUUGGAGGUUGUGCUAUCCGUGAUUCUGCCUUUGCUUCUACUGCACCCAUGGCUGCUUCAGAUGUUGCUGGUAUCUGGAAGGGCUCUAAAGCUGUCUCAACUUUUGGUACUCCAAACACUGAGAUCUUUCAAGAGCUUUUUGAUGACAAAGUGCAGAACUCUGUCAGAGAUGGAGACAACAAUAUAUUACUUCCUAAGCAGCUGUGGUGUUCACUUAAACAUAGCAAGGAAGGUGAAACUCUUAGUGAAGUGGGAUGGCUUUUAGAUCAUGGGCAGGCAAUCACAUCAAGCUGCCUAUUCUCAAGCACUGCAAAGCCACAGGAAAUAUCAAUAGCAUUAGAAAACAGAGCCUUGGAACACGUACAGCCAUAGUGGCAACCCAUUUCUGAUCCAACUUUGUUUACUUUCUCCUUAAAGACAGUAGUAUCCAUGGUGAUUUAAAUACAGAUAAUGUUUUUUGUACAACAAAUUGUAUAACAAAUUUUAUGACUGAGAGAGAGAAAAUAAAGACAAGUAUAAGAUGUAAUAAAUAAUGGAAUGGAACGAGAUAUAGACAAAAAAAAAUGUUGUAUAAAUAUUUGUACAAGUUGUUCUUCAAAUAUAAACAUGACAAUUUUGCAGCAAA